GCGCAGGCGCAGUCUGCCUCCGCCUUCAGCUCCGCCCCCUCCGCCGCCUAUAAAGCCUCCGCCUCACCUGGCUGCAGUUCUCCGGCUGUGACUCCUGUGCCUGAGGAUUUCACCGCAAGACAACAUGCCUGAAUACACCAUCAUUUAUUUUAAUGUCAGAGGUCGUUGUGAAGCUAUGCGAAUGCUCAUGGCUGACCAGGGAGCUCAAUGGAAGGAGGAAGUCGUAACGUCUGAUGACUGGCAGAAGGGGGAUCUGAAGAAAGCUGCGGUGUAUGGCCAACUUCCAGGAUUUAAAGAUGGAGACUUCGCUCUGUAUCAGUCCAAUGCCAUGUUGCGCCUUCUUGCCAGGAAUCAUGAUCUGUAUGGGAAAAAUCCUCGUGAGGCAAGCCUCAUAGACAUGGUUAAUGACGGAGUGGAGGAUCUUCGGCUUAAGUAUUUGAAGAUGAUCUAUCAGAACUAUGAGAAUGGAAAAGAUGAUUACGUUAAGGCUCUGCCCACUGACCUUGGUCACUUUGAACGUCUGCUUGCCUCUAAUAAUGAGGGGAAGGGGUUUGUGGUAGGAGCUCAUAUUUCCUUUGCCGAUUACAACCUGGUGGAUCUUCUGCACAACCAUCUUGUUCUGGCACCAGACUGCCUUUCAGGCUUCCCACUCCUCUGUGCCUAUGUCAAACGCAUUAGUAGCCGUCCCAAGCUUGAAGCAUAUCUCUCCAGUGAUGCCCACAAGAAGAGACCAAUCAAUGGCAAUGGCAAGCAGUGAGCAU